AGACUUAUUAGCAUCUCAAUUCCAUUUAGUCUUAAAUAUUUUCUAUUCUGAAAAGAGACGACGAUUUCUUCGUUCAAAUCCAUCUCCGUGAAUGGAGCUUCAGAGAUCAGUGAUGAUGAGGCUCUUUCUAAGGUUUCUGCUACUGUCUUUCGCACCUAUCUCAAUUCAUGGAAGAUUUGUGGUGGAGAAGAACAGCUUGAGGGUAACAUCAUCGGACCGAAUCAGGGGAACAAAUGACAGCGCCAUUGGAAACUUUGGAAUACCUCAAUAUAGUGGUAGCAUGGCUGGGAAUGUUUUGUACCCAAAAAAUAAUCAAAAGGGUUGUAAGGAGUUUUCUGACUUCGGGAUUUCGUUCCAAUCCAAGCCUGGAGCUCUUCCGACCUUCGUUUUGCUAGAUCGUGGAGGUAAUCUUCUCCAUUUCACUCUCCCAAUCCCAAAACGAUGAAUAGCUACUUCCACCGAUUUGGCUUCUUAAUAGUGUUUCGCCAACCUUGUUGGAACACAAUUGGAAUUUCUCUUGGCGACACAAUUGGAGUUGGAACACCUGGUUCUGUUGUUCCAAUGCUUGAGGCUGUCAUGGCUGUUGCUCCUGUUGAGAAGUUGGCUGUCCACUUUCAUGACACUUAUGGGCAAUCUCUGCCAAACAUUUUACUGUCCCUUCAAAUGGGAAUUAGCACUGUCGAUUCCUCCAUAUCGGGCUUAGGUGGCUGUCCUUAUGCUAAAGGAGCUUCGGGAAAUGUUGCCACCGAGGAUGUUGUAUACAUGCUCAAUGGACUUGGAGUGAAGACAAAUGUGGAUCUUCCGAAGCUCAUGAAGGCUGGGGAUUUCAUCAGCAAGCAGCUGAGUCGCCCAUCAGGUUGCAUCUGUUAUGACAGUUUGGAACCAAAUGCAACCUGCAUAUGCUGCUAACAUGUGAAAUGAAGCCUUGAACAAGAGCCUUGGAACUCAGGGCCUUAAUCUUCAUAACAUUCUUGUAGAAACUGAAAAGUGUGGAUCCUCUUUUGAUGAGUUGGUGACAAUUCCAGAGCAAGAUGAUUGGUUGUAUAAUGAUGGGAAGUAAACAUCUUGUGUUGCUUUCAGGCUGGGCUUUUUGAUCUAAUUUCUGGCUCUAUACAAGUCAUUGAAUUUACAGUAAGUCCAUCCUGGAUAGUGUAUUGGAUUGGAUCAAAUUUUAAUUUUUUUUGAAUCUGUGUAGAGAAUUAUGGGGUUCCAACUCAAAACCAAUUGGCAAUGAGUGGAGUAGCCCAUGUUUCUUAUAUAUGGCUCAAUACUUUCACAUUUAUCCACGUGGGACAAUAUUCUUCAAUAAUCUGAAAUUUGAAUUGAAAAUGUGGUUUUUACAGAGUAUGAGUGAUCAUAGGCAAGAAAAUUGACCUAAUAUUUUCUUGAUGAUCUUGAUUAAGAUUAUGAUGAGGUUCAAGUAAAGAAUUAUAUCUUGAAGAAAAGUGGUUUUUGCAGAGUAUGUAUAUCGCUUAUUUUUAAUUUGGUCUAAAAUGAAAGUUCCUUUUCCGCUUUGUGUAACAGAGAUGCUUUCUUGUCAGCUAGCCUUUCUUCUUUGAAUUCA